AUGAGUGGAACCCUCACGUCUCCGGCUCUUCUUUAUAUCACUCCCUUGCUCUCCCACUUUACUUCUGCAAACAAGCUCUCCCUCACCAGUGUCGAGGAUCAAGGGCCAGUCCGCUUCUCAAUCGAAGUCCAACGGCUCCCAUCAAUCAAGCAGCCAGCCAACCAACCAACAUAUCAUCAUCGCGUAACAAUUGCUUUCGACAAGAAAAUAUCUCCAGCUUGCUUGUCCACAGUUGAAACGGAGAGGCGGGGAACUAGAGAAGGGAAACAAACAGCAGCGCGCAAAAAGGAGCAGAGAUACGGAAACUCUUCCCUCUCGCUUCGUCCACAAAGCGGCCUAUUUUCAGUAUCUUCAACGGCUAUCCCAGCAUCCAUAGAAGAUAGCAAGAAGCGGAAAAAGGGCGCAAGGAAACCUGGGGUGAGGCUGCCAUUAUCUCUUCUGCAUCCGUUGCCAGGUCAGUACAAAGAUCAAUCUCAUCCAACAAAGACCAGCAUAGAGAACCCCCUUACUGUCAAAUCUUCUUCACAAGGUGCCGUGUUUCGUCAAUGGUAUCCUGCCUGCAUCCAGAGAAGACAGAGCUAA